AUUAAGAAACGUUCUUAGGAACAUAUGCCCAACAAAGUUCAUAUAUGGUGUGCUUGAUCAUGGUACUUCUAAUUUUUUCACACCUGAUAUCUUGAGAAAACAGAGUAUUAUGAUCCAGCAAUGAUAUAGGUGCUGCAAGCAUUAAGGCGGUUGGAGCAAACGUGGAUCAUAGUUUUGUUUCACCAGAACCUGACAAUAACUUCUAACCUGAACCCGAAUAAUUAACAUGGAUAUGAUAUUAAUGAAUAUAACAGGAUGCUUAGAGUACACCUUCCUCUUUCAUUUUUUAAUAGCCUCCUUUUACCUUAGAAGUGAACAAUGGUGUAGAGAACACAAACUUUUCAUGCAGGUUUAUCUAUCACAAGUUGCAGGCAUUCUGAGGCUAUUCCAUGAGAUCAGGGAGGGUGCUGUUAAGGUUUCUGUUAGGGCUAGUUUUGUAACUUACCUAAUGUUACUAGUUCUGUGGGUUUGUUGCAACAUUCCCUGUCGGUGUAUGAAGUGUGAAUGAAGUGAACCAAUUCAAGCCACUCUGAAGUAGAACUCUCUUAUUAGAGAAAGGGGCCCCUAGCGAUGGAUGAUAAUGGAAGUUAACCAUGUUGGUCAGGUUCACUGACCAGCAAAGACUGUCUGCAGAACUGCAACGUGAGGUAGGCUCGUCCUUGGUGGACAGUUGGACCCAAAUACUUAUCCCAAUCCUUGCACUUAUUUUCCCCACUGUUAAUUUGUUUGGUUCCACGUAAACGCUUGAUUUCGUUAUCUAUUGCUUUUACCAGAGGCUUGGGCGAACCUGUUGCUGGUGCACAAAUUUGUUCAUUAUGGUUUCUGGAUUGCCUCGAGUAAUCAAGUGAUCAUGAAUUACUAGUGGUUUCUAUUCACCUCUGGAGACUCUGGAGUUGCACAGUUCUGCAUUAGAGAUAUUGUUUGGGGUUCUUAUAGCUCUGCAUGUUCUGAUGAAUCCUUCUGUUGGAGUUGUGCUGAUUGCAGAUAUUCAACAUUACUUGGAUUAUGUUCUUGCUGAUUUCAAUUGGUCUGCAGCACUAUGCGAGAAAGCAACAAUAUCUUUCCGUGUUUGACUGGUUUGAUCUGGUGACUAAGUGUGUCUGUCAAGUUGUUGAAUGAUUGUACUAAAUGAGUUUCUUUGUGCAGGUGUGAGUAAUUUGUUGCCAGCUUCCAGUGUUCCCACUCACUUGAAACAUUCUCCAUCAGAUGGGUGAAACUUUGGUUGAACAUUCCACAUCUCUUGAGCUUGAUGGGAUGGAAACAAUUAAGGAUAACAAACACAUGGAAGCAGAUGUUGCUGACACAUGUCCUCAGCAGUCCAGUGGAGAAUGCAUUCUCAGAGAAGAGGCAAGAGUUAAUGUAAACAGCAAUACAAUAGAAAAAGGAUUUAUGGAAUAUGGAUGUUCACAUUAUUGGCGGAGGUGUCGCAUCAGAGCACCAUGCUGUAAUGAGAUAUUUGAUUGUCGCCAUUGUCACAAUGAGUCAAAGAAUAGCUUUAAUGUUGAAAGGACUCACAGACAUGACCUCCCUCGACAUCAAGUGGGACAGGUCAUAUGUUCACUGUGUGGCACUGAACAAGAGGUCCAGCAAUUUUGUAUGAAUUGUGGUGUUUGCAUGGGGAAUUACUUCUGUGAUAUUUGCAAGCUGUUUGAUGAUGAUACAUCGAAGAAACAGUUUCAUUGCAAUGGCUGUGGUAUUUGCAGAAUUGGUGGGCAUGAAAAUUUCUUCCACUGCUACAAAUGUGGUUGCUGUUACUCAGUUCUGCUAAAGAACAGUCAUCCAUGUGUGGAAGGAGCAAUGCAUCACGACUGUCCUGUUUGUUUUGAGUAUCUAUUCGACUCCAGAAGUGAUGUGAUUGCCUUACCUUGUGGACAUACUAUUCAUGAGCACUGCUUUAAGGAAAUGCAGCAGCACUUGCAAUAUGCUUGCCCUCUCUGCUCCAAGUCAGUAUGUGAUAUGUCCAAAGUAUGGGAAAAGAUUGACAUGGAGAUUGCGGCUACGCCUAUGCCUGAAUCUUACAACAACAAGAUGGUUUGGAUCCUGUGCAACGACUGUGGUGCUACUUCACAAGUGAAGUUCCAUGUUGUAGCUCAGAAAUGCCUCAAUUGCAAGUCCUACAACACUCGACAGACUAGAGAAACCACAGGGACAACAUCCUCACAGCAGUGACUACGUACUCAUGAUCAAAGUAGAGUGCAUUGUAGAUUUGGGUUCAUUCAACUCCUGUUGACGAGAGCUCACUUUUCUUAGUUAUCUAUUGAUUAUUGAUCAUCCAUGAAGG